UGCAGGAGGAAGCUUUAUGCUGAUUCCCUGCACACUUUGCAGUAAUACUUGUGUGGUGAACUGCAGAAGGUGUCGCAGAACUGCACGAAGAUGGCCCUCUUCUGCGCGCCGUUUUCCAGCUCUUGCACGCAACGGCGUUGUAGGUGAUGCUCCCGGGGUGGCAAUAGAGGCUACACUCACGCGAAGUGUAGGAGUAAGUCCUGGACGAGAAACGGACUCGAGCUACCGAGGCCGUCGUCUCGGCCUCGUCGGCGGCUGUGCCACCGGUAAGGAGAUUGCAGAGGAUGCAGAGGAGCGAGUUGGAGAGUUUGCAGUUGGAGUCGCAGAAGAGGUUGCAGAUUUUCGAGAUAGAGAUCGUGGGGGGUCCGUUGCAGUGUUUGCAGUACUCGGUGACAGUGGCAUCUUCGGAGAAGACCUUGUUGGAGCUGGAGGGCCCGUCGCAGAGGACUACGCAGAAGCUAGCUGCUGGUGCUGGAACUCCUGCUCCUGCAAAGACUGCUGCAGCAAAAUCAAACCAAGGGGUAAGUGUUUUAUCCAUCUUGAGACAUUGACACGGUCGAUUUCUUGGCUGAUUUAGAGCAAACCUGAAGCUGCAUUGAGAAGAAGAAGCAAAAGCAGCACUCCCAUAUUCGCGCUAGAGGACGUCGAAGGGAAGAAACAAGCUCGGCUUAUAACGAACUUAGAUUUGGUUAUAUCCGCGUGGAUGCGGACAGGUGAUUUGGUGGAAGCGCCACUAGCUAAACAUUCUCGACUGCUGGAAGCGCACGCUUUCUUAAAAGGCCCCCUCGUUUCCAUACGAUCACCAUCACCAGAUUAUAUGAAAUCACACAUUCUCUCAGAAAAGAAGUGCACAAAGAAGUUGUGGGUUUGGAGGAA